GUAUCAUGCCAACGUCUUCUAGCUUUCAAGCUGUUAGCUAACGGCUAAUGAUAAUGCUGACAAUUCCCAUUCGUUUCUUUGUAAACUAUCAACAACGUAACUAAAACAGCACAAAGCGUAUCUGCUAUUAGCUAUUCCACUGCUGACGGUAUUCUUUGUUACAGAAUCCUUGAUUGUGUCUGACAUGAUGGAUGGAAACCCUUUGUUGGCUGUGUGGAGAUGACCUGCCACCCUUUCGGGAAUGGUCAGAAUGGGGCCAGAUGUGCCCCUUCUUAAUGAAUACAAACAGGAGUUCUUCUGGAAGCGUUUCCCUCAGACAGUGUUGGGAGGACCACGCUUCAAGUUGGGCUACUGUGCCCCACCAUAUGUAUAUGUCAAUCAAGCAGUUUUGUUUUUGACCCCAUGGCUUUUUGGAGGCAUUGGCACCCUGCUCUGCCAGCUGCAACUGCUUCACGAACUUCAUGCUGCUGUACUUUCUGGUGCACUCAUGUUUUUAGCUGCAGCGGGUGUCCAGGCCAUGGCACUGUAUGCUGCACGGAGGAAUGGCACAGUGGAGAGACUUGGUGCACCCAACAUCCUGGUAGAUGAAGAGGAGGUGGAAUUUACCCACUGUGUCAGCCCAGAGACUGUUCGAUUCAUUGCUCCAGGGAAACGGUUUGGGCUUAAUGUGGUGCUGCAUACAGUACUAGCUGGAGUUCUCUGUGGCUUCGGGACGUGGUAUGUGUUCUUGGGCAGACUGACUGCUCUCUAUGGCAGCGUCGGUGUCUCUCUGGUAGUGUUUGUCCUUAGCUGGGUAGCUCUGUGCAUAGCUGAAUAUUCCCUCAUUGUAAAUACGGCCACAGAGACGGCCACUUUCCAGGCACAGGACACGUAUGAGAUCACCCCGCUCAGCCGGCCCCUCUACAUUUUUAUUUUCAUUUCUGUGGACUUGGCUAAUCGGUUCUCAGACCCUAUCCCUGAGCUCCAACUGGCCAGCCAAACUCUUCAUGUGCUGUUCCUCUUCUUACCCCUGUUGUGGGCAGUAGGUAUACUACCUCCCCUGGAUGCCCUGCUUCUCUGGGGCAUGGAACAGGUUCUUGUGUUUGGCUUAGGAGGCUCGCCCAUGUCUAGCAACCUCAGGCUGCUGUUGAUGUUUGGUGUAUCCACUGGCGUAGCUGUGUGUAAUUACUUUAUCCCGUCAGCAUUGGGUGUGGUACUCUUGUCCAUCUCUAUGGGAUUUCUACUGAGCCUGGACCUCAGCCAAGUUGGCACACUCUGCAGAGGACCCAGCACAGCCUUCAGGGACCAUGGAUUGCGCAGAGGGGGGUCGCCACCUCCUCCUCCCAAUUCAUUUGGCUGGAAUCUAGGCUGCAGGGAGCUGUUACUAUAUUUAAGCCUGCUGCUGGUAGCGAUGGCAGAGGGAGGACUGGCGCAUCACUUCCUUGGUUCAGUUCAAUCUCAGAACUUUGUUUCAUCAGCCCAAGGUCCUGUUGGGUACCUUCUCCUCUUACUCUUCUGUUUAUGCUGGGCACUAAGGGAGGUCCAGGGGGCUUAUGUAUUUGGAGGAGUGUUUCUUAAUCCCUUUUACCCUAAAGGCAUGUCCAAUGUGCAAACUUUCAAACAAAAGAAUAGAGGAUUGUACAUAGCGGCUGCCAUCAGAAGAGUCCUUGUUUAUCUUGUGUCUCCAUUUGCAAUGACUGCUUUCCUGUCCAUGGACAGAUCUCUGCAGUUGCUCCACAGGGUCUCCACCAGUGUGGGAUUUACACGAGCCUUUAGAGUGGUUUGGCAGAGCUCCGAGGAUGCCCUGCUUCAGAUGGUAUUGGUGGUUUUAGUGCGACUUGCAGCUGGAAACGUUACACUACCAGGGUGGGGCAACUUAGGAACUGGAGUUCAGCUUCUACUGGUGGGCCUCUUGAUUGACAGAUUGAGCCAAUUCCUGGCCAAACUAAAGUUCACCCUUACUGUAUUAGUGACAUCUUGGACAGAGAAGAAGCAGCGCCGUCAGUCUGCUGGAACUAUCCUGGCUCUUAACGCAUCACUAUGUCCACUGCUGCUGGCAAUGGUGACCCUCUCUGCCCUGAUCUCUGCCCCUUUGCUGCCCCUUUUCACUCUGCCUAUAUUCCUUGUGGGGUUUCCCAGGCCACAGCGAAGUUGGCCAGGCCCAGUGGGAACUGCCUGUCCCUGUCCAGAUUCAAUCUUCUACCAGCAAAUGAGCGGAAGUUUGGCCACAGCACUGAGGAUGGCCUUUGCAAGAGGCUCACUUGGUUCUUUAGCCCCAGGCUCUCAUUUUCUCGGUCGCUUUCAGGAUCGUAUGGUUUGGAUAAUGAUUCUAGAGAGAGGGUAUGGCUACUGUACAGUCAACAUCAAGGGUCUUGAACUGCAGGAGACUUCUUGCCAUACAGUGGAAGCACGCAGGGUGGAUGAGGUGUUUGAGGCUGCUUUUGAACGCCCCGAGCGGCUCGGUUUCCCCAAAGGAUUUAACCUGCACUGGGGAAACGCCCUCACCCCAUGUGCUUCACUUGCAGUUCGAGUCUACUCUGAUGCCCGGAAUGUGCUCUCUGGUAUCAUUGACUCUCAUGAGAACUUGAGGAAACUUCAAGAUGAUUUCAUGAAAGCACUCAUCUGGUUGCUUCUUCGAUAUUGUGUGCAGAGGCAUAAAGGAUUUUUAUGGAGUAGUGAAGAGGGGUCAGGGAUUGGAGGUAUGAAGUCCCAGUCUUCACAGUUUGCCCAGACUACUUGUAACCAGCCGUCUGAGGCUGUCAUGGUAGAAUCCAAUCUGUCUUCUCUCAGGUUCAGACAGGGGAGCUCUAGUUUGACUUCUUUUGGAGACUGGUCAGACGAGGAUGACUUAUUUGGACCGCAACCAGCCAGACGAACUGUGGCAUUAGUGACCGCAGAAGCCCAACCAGGACAGUCGGCACUGCAAACGGGGGUCUCUCUGCCAGGCUCUGUAGAAAUGGACAGUCUCUUUGAAAACAUGGCUCUUUCUGCCCUGCAGCCGCUGCAGCCUCUGGGACUUGGCAUCGGGAUGCCAGCUGUAGAUAAAGGGCGAAAUCCGGAAGUCUUCAGAGAAAGUCCUCAUCUGAACUUCAGCUGCCCUCAGUCUGAGGCAUUCAACCUACCGCCAGGGUGGAGGACAGCACCAUUACUUCCAUCUCGCUUGUUGUCUCUGAGGGGUUUAUUUCCAGAGGAAUGGUUUCGAUUUACCUUGGGGCGGUUUGGACUUUCUGUUCAAGGGGAGACCUCAGAGGAUAUGACCAAAGCCCUAAAGGAGGAUGAAGUCUUGAAAGAACUGCAUGUAAAGGUUGCACUCUCAUGUCUCAUCUCACUGGGGGCGGAGUCUGCUUUCACCAGUCCAAGUUAUAUCUACAGACUCUACUGUGGAGACGUACCUUGGACAGAGGGACUCGACUGGCUGUCCUCAAGCAAAGAACUUUACCAGCUCACACUUCAAGCUUUUAGGUUCAGUUUCAAGCUGUUGUUUGAUCAGGCAAGUCUUGGUCCAAUGGAAUCCCCUGAGGAGUUGUUCAGCACUUUAGAGGAAUAUGAAAGGGACUGGUACAUAGGUCUAGUGACAGAAAAAGGCUGGCAUGACAGUGUUCUUCAGGAGAAGCCCUAUCUGUUCUCCCUGGGACACGACCUCACUAUGGGUACCUACACAGGAAGAGUUCUGUCUCUGCAGGAGCAGCUUGUGCAGGUGGGCCGUCUGAAUGGAGAGGGGGUUCGAGGUCAGUGGGCAAACCUCUCCUGGGAACUUUUGUAUGCUACCAACGAUGACGAGGAGCGGUACAGCAUCCAGGCUCACCCCUUCAUGCUUCGAAACUUAACUGUUCAGGCAGCCGAUCCCCCUCUAGGAUACCCCAUUUACUCAUCUGCCCCCCUUCACUUCCCCUGCCUCUGACCAGUGGUUUUAUUUUUAAAACUUUUGACCCAGAAGUUGUGACUGUAUUUGUUCUUUUGAACAUUAUUUAAAAUUUUCUUGCACCACAGAGGAGGAAACAACCUCAUUAUCGCUUUUAAUUUGUUUCAAAACAAAAUUUACUUCCCUAACAGAAGAAAUAAUUCCUGUUUGAUCCCUAAAACAGUUAACUAAUGACAGGUUUCCUCUAAAGCACAAUUUUUUUUUGUGGUUGUGCUUAAACAUGAAGUGAAAAAAAUGGAGCCACUUCCCUUUAGGAAAAACCUGCCGUCAUACCUCUGGCUUUAUUGUAUUUUAAGUUUCAUAAUUAUUUUAACCAUGCCCAUAAAAAAGGGAAGAGAAUUUUAAUGUUAAGAAUAUCAAGGAUGUGCCUUGGGUAUGCUGUAUGUGUAUGGUGUUUAGUGGUAUUGUUUUGUUUACAUUUCACUUGUUUACAGUUUAGAAGAAUUAAAUGAAUGUGUCCACAUUUUCUUGUAAAUAAAGUUAAUUUUUAUAUGUGUAACUGUAUAUACUUGUAAUAAAAUAGGUUGGCAAAAAUA